CUGAGUUACAGAGCCGUAUGGGAACUGAGACCACUUGACUGCAUUCAGCACCUUUCAGGAGCAGCCCUAGGUUAAACCCUGUGUUUCCCACUGGCUGUGGCUGCAUUCACCAUUCUGGGCCUUGCUGACACGCACACGUCUGCAGGACUGGGACAAUUAAUUCAGCUGCUUUUCAGCUUUCCAGCAGGGCACUAAAUGAGAAUAUGGCCAAUGGCAUUGAAGAUCUUAUUGGGAUCCCCUUCCCUAACCACAGCAGCGAGGUCCUAUGUGGUCUAAAUGAACAGCGACACGAUGGUCUCCUCUGCGAUGUCAUCCUCAUCGUCCAGGACCAGGAGUACCGGACCCAUCGCUCUGUCCUUGCUGCCUGCAGCAAGUACUUCAAAAAACUCUUCACUACCGGCACUUUAACUGACCAGCCCUAUGUUUACGAGAUUGACUUUGUCAAGCCUGAAGCACUUUCUGCCAUCCUCGAGUUUGCCUACACCUCAACCCUCACCAUCACCACUUCCAACGUCAAGCACAUCCUCAGCGCUGCCAAGAUGCUGGAGAUCCAGUGCAUCAUUAACGUCUGCCUGGAAAUCAUGGAGCCCAGCAGAGGGGAGGAGGAGGAAGACGACAAAGAGGACGAAGAUGACGACGAAGACGAAGAUGAAGAUGAGGAGGAAGAAGAGGAGGAGGAGGAAGAAGAAGUGGAAGAUUUUGUCAAUCAGGAGAACCUUACUGAUGGCCAAGAAGUAAGCUGUCACCAAAGUCCUUCCAAGUCUGAUCUUACUGAGGAAGCGUUCACCGAAGCACCUAAAGACUUUCCCAAUCACUACCCGGCCAACAACUCCUCCGGGCACUUGGGCGUGAUAAGAGACUUUUCCAUCGAGUCCUUGCUGAGGGAAAACUUGUACCCCAAGGCAAACAUCCCAGAAAGGAGGCCAGCCCUCUCUCCUUUUGCCCCUCCCUUCUUCCCCCAUCUGUGGAAUGGUGAUUUUAGCAGCUUUCCCCAACUCGAAGAGCCGCAGAUAGACAAUGGCCCCUUGGAUCUGGUGAUCAAUAAGAGGAAGAUCAAGGAAGAGGAGGAGAAGGAAGAGCUGCCUCCUCCUCCUUUCCCUAAUGACUUCUUCAAGGACAUGUUUACCAACACCCCAGCAGCUCCCUUAGGGCACAUUAAGGCAGAGACCGACUACAGCGCUUAUCUCAAUUUCCUCAGCGCUACUCAGUUCGCAGGAGUUUUUCCUCCGUGGCCCCUGGAGGAAGAGAGGAAGAUAAAGCCCAAGGCAUCCCAGCAGUGUCCCAUCUGCAACAAAGUCAUCAUGGGGGCUGGGAAGCUGCCCCGACACAUGAGGACCCACACAGGGGAGAAGCCGUAUAUGUGCAAUAUCUGUGAGGUCCGCUUUACCAGGCAGGACAAGCUCAAAAUCCACAUGCGGAAGCACACGGGAGAGCGGCCCUACCUGUGCAUCCACUGCAAUGCCAAAUUCGUCCACAACUACGACCUGAAGAACCACAUGCGCAUCCACACGGGCGUCCGGCCCUACCAGUGUGAGUUCUGCUACAAGAGCUUCACCCGCUCCGAUCACCUCCACCGCCACGUCAAGCGGCAGAGCUGCCGGAUGGCGCGGCCGCGCCGGGGCCGCAAGCCGGCAGCAUGGCGGGCAGCCGGUUUGCUCUUCGGUCCCAGCGGCCCACCGGUGGAGAAGGCCUUCAUGGUGCCGCCGGCUAUGGAGGAAGUCGGCGGCCUUCCCAUGUGCCUUCCCGGCCCCAGCCCCGAGCACUUUCUGAGCGGGACGAAGGCGGCCUUCAGCCUGCAGGAGCUGGAGGACACCCAGAGGAAGCUGCUGCGGCGAGCACAGCUGGACAUGGAGCGGAACGCGGGCAUCUUCGCCUUCGCCCUCGGCCACGGCGACAACCUGGCGGCCCAACCCUUCUUCCCGCUGGCCGACCCGUGGGGCACGGGGUUCAAUGGCCUGGCGGGGCUGGGCCACGUGGCGCCCAUCUCUGAGGCCACCAACUAG